UCAUUCAUGCAUUCUUGGCGCCCUUUCAUAUUCUCUUUCCGUCCCCGACAAGUCGACGAGUAAAAUCGCAUCUUUAAAGGGUUUAAUGGAUUCUACUUUGCCUAUAGCGAAGAGGACUCGUUCUAGAGAGGCUAUCAUGUAUAAGGAGAUUCAUGAGAAGAUCAAGAAAAGGAAACUGGAUGGUGGUGGGGGCGGGGCAGCGGCGAGGAGGACUCGUUCUAGAGAGGCUAUCAUGUAUAAGGAGAUUCAUGAGAAGAUCAAGAAAAGGAAACUGGAUAGUGGUGGGGGCGGGGCAGCGGCGAAGAGCGAAUCAAGUUAUGAUCAAGUUAGUUCGGUUAAGGUUGAGAUUCUGGGAUUAGGGUCCGAUUCUCAUAGAGCGAGCGAAUCUGUAGCUUGUAAAGAACCUGUUGUUGCAGAAGAUGUAGAAUCAUUGAGCGGAGAUGGUGGUGAUGAUGCUAUUUUUGUGGGUGUAGAGUAUUCAGGGGACGAGGACAAAGAAAAUCCUCAAAUGGGUGAAAAAGAGGGACAUAAUGCUGAGGUGAUUUUGUUGGAUGACAGUGACAGUGAGGAUGGGGUGGUGUUUUUGGGGGAAGAGUGUGAUGAAGAUCUAAAUGUAGGCGUUGAUGACGUUUUCGGUCAAAGGUUAGGAGUGACUGUGGACGAUUCGGAUGAGUUGUUUUCAUCCAGCGCAGAAGAGGAUAAUGAUGAUCCUGAUGAUGAAGACUAUGAAGUUGAAAAGUCUGAAACUUCUGAUAGUGAGGAUGAAGAUGUGAUUUUUGUCGACGAGAGUGUGAUUACAAAGGGAUUGAGUAAGGGUAAAGUCGGUGAAGAGAAAAAUGGAGUGAAGAACUUGGUUAAUUCUGAAAGCAGCAAAAACAAUGUAGUUUGUGAGGAGGGUAGUGAAUGUAAUAAUGUUCUUCGGAAUCUUAAUAGUGUGGCUAAACGCGUAGAGGAGGAUAAUGAUGAUCCUGAUGAUGAAGACUAUGAAGUUGAAAAGUCUGAAACUUCUGAUAGUGAGGAUGAAGAUGUGAUUUUUGUCGGCGGGAGUGUGAUUGCCAAGGGAUCAAGUAAGGAUAAAGUCGUUGAAGAGAAACAUGGAGUGAAGGAUUUGGUUAAUUCUGAAAGCAGCAAAAACGGUGGAGUUUGUGAGGAGAGUAAUGAAUGCAAUAAUGUUCUUCGGAAGCUUGAUAAUGUGGCUAAACGCACCAGAUCACGCUUUAAUGCUGAAAGUUCUUUUAGUAAAACAAAACGCAGCCGCACACAAAGCAUAGAUGAGGAAAAGCUGGAACUUGUUGAUAGUGAUAAUGAAGACGAAGAUGACAAUGGCAAAGUGUAUUGCAAGACAAGGCCUAAGAAAUCCUCCAAGAGAAACAACAUUUUGAAAUAUAACGAUGUGCAAAAGAUACUUUUGAAUUCCAUUUUGGGCGUGGAGGAAAUUGGUUCAGAAAGUUCUAUAUCUGCUAGAAGUGAUGGAAGUGAUAUUGAUUCUGAAUCUGGAAUUGAGGAAUCAACUCCACCAGAAAAAACAGAAUCUGAAGAAGAAAUGGAUAGUCUUUGGAAUGAGUUAAACUUUGCUCUCACUUGCUCUGAGAUACAUUCUACUGAUCCUGCCAUGGUGGUGGAAGAUGAUACAAAUCCAUCUCAAGAGGUUGAAGAUGGAACUCCUGAAUGUUCUUAUGGAACUCAUGAAUUCUACAUUGAUGAAGAACUUGGAAUUUUAUGCAAGUUCUGCUCUUUUGUGAAACUGGAGGUCAAAUACAUUUCAGCACCCUUUUGUAAACGUGGUUCAGGAUACUCUAAGCAGAAGGAUGCCACAAUUCUGGAUCACUCUAUGCUUGAUAAGCUGCGCAGCAAUGACUCUGGUUCUGGGUCCCAAUCAGCCCUGGAUUUUAGUUCUCAAGCGGAAGCCACUGUGUGGGACACUAUUCCUGGUGUAAAAGACAGCAUGUAUCAACAUCAACGUGAAGGUUUUGAAUUUAUUUGGAAUAAUUUAGCAGGAGGUAUAAAACUGGAUGAAUUGAAAAAAGGAACCAGCUCUGUGAGUGGAAAUGGAUGCAUUAUUUCACACGCUCCAGGAACAGGUAAGUCUCGCCUGACCAUUGUGUUUCUGCAGAGCUACGUGAAUUUAUAUCCAAACUGCAGGCCGGUUAUUGUUGCUCCUCGUAGUAUGCUGCUUACAUGGGAAGAAGAGAUCCAGAAGUGGAAAGUUGAUCUUCCUUUUCACAAUCUAAACAAUCUAGAGUUAUCUGGUAAGGAAGAUGAUUAUGCCCUCAGUUUAAUGAACCAGGCCAGGUUUGGACAUGGAGAGCGUAAAACCCUUAUCCGAUAUGUAAAACUUUACUCAUGGAAGAAAAGGGUAAGCAUCUUGGGAAUCAGUUACCAACUCUUUGCACGGCUUGUUGGUAUUGAUAAAAGGAGUGGAAAGCCAUGCAAAGAAAUGGGUGAUGAUGUUAGGAAAAUCCUUCUUGAUCAUCCAGGCCUUUUUGUGUUUGAUGAGGGGCAUACACCCCGAAAUCAUGAUAGUGGUAUUUUUAAGGCUCUGUCAAAAGUUAAAACAGAAAAGCGCAUCAUUCUCUCUGGAACUCCAUUUCAGAAUAAUUUUGAAGAACUAUUUAAUAUUUUGUGUUUGGUAGCACCAAAGUUUGCAGGUUCAUCGGAGUCUAGAGUUGUCAAAAAGAGAGGACGUAAGCCUAAUAAAGCCAAAGGAAAAUGGGAUUUUUUGACAAGCUCCAUUGGUAAUCUUUCUUAUGAGAGAUGUCAAGACAAAGACAAACAUUUGAAAGAACUUAAAACUAUGAUUGCCCCUAUUGUGCAUAUACAUAAAGGCACGGUGUUGAAAGAAAGUCUUCCUGGGUUGAAGCACUCUGUUGUGGUUCUACAACCGGAUGAUUUCCAGAAGAGCCUCCUUGAGGGUGUUAAAAGAUCUUAUCUUAAGCAAAAUGGUGGUUUCCAAAAAUCAAAAGGCGUGCUUUGUUUUGAUCAUAUUGUGUCAGUGACAUCUGUGCAUCCUUCCUUGUUGCCUGAGCAAUGCUCUGAGGAAGAGGAGUAUGUUAAUCUCAAGGUUAAGCUAGAAAAGCUUAGACUGAAUACGGAGGCAGGAGUAAAAACCAAGUUUUUCAUGAUGCUUCUGAAGCUUAGCGCUGCUAUGAAUGAAAAGGUUUUAGUAUUCAGUCAGUAUAUUGAGCCAUUAACCUUGAUAAUGGACCAACUUCAAUCUACUUUGAGUUGGAUUCAAGGGAAAGAGGUGCUAUAUAUGGAUGGGAAGCGAGAUAUAAAGGAGCGACAGUUGUCAAUCAGAGUCUUCAAUGAUCCAAAGAGUGAAGCAAAGGUAUUGCUUGCCUCAACAAGAGCUUGUGGUGAAGGUAUAAAUCUGGUGGGAGCUUCGCGGGUUGUAUUUCUUGAUGUUACAUGGAAUCCGGCUGUUGAAAGACAAGCUAUAAGCAGAGCAUAUAGGCUUGGUCAGAAGAAAUUUGUGUAUGUUUAUCAUCUGAUUACAUCGGGAACUAUGGAAGGGAAUAAAUGUUGUAGACAAGCGAGGAAGGACCGCUGUUCUGAGUUGGUUUUCUCUUCUGCAGAUGGAAAUGGGAAUCAGCAGAAACCUGCAAGUGAAGAGUUAGUAGAUAGCGUUCUGGAAGAGAUGUUGCAACAUCCCAGGUUCAUUGAGGAGAUAAUUGAGCAGCCUGAAGAGUCUAAGUUGAUUGAGACUUUCGGCUUAACAAAGCCUCCAUCAACUUAGAUUAGAUAACCAAUGUUGUUGUUCCACAAACUUUAAUGCUUUUGGAGAAUUUAUUUUGGUUUAAGAAGUUCCCUGGGUAGACAGCGGAGGCACAGGUUGGGACAGAGACUAACAUCUAAGGCAGAGGCGGAUGCUGUGAAAGCAGGAAAGGCAUUUCGCCCCGUAUCCCUUCCAGUUCUAGGGCGAUACCCAGUGCUAGCAACUUAUUUUCCAAUCGCAUAUAGAGUGACCGAAGCACGGGGAGCAGGAGAUCCCAUUACAGAUUGAGUAGCGGGAUCCCCAGCUGCAAUUGAAGUUGAAUCUGUUGAUCUAGAACCUGCACUAUCAAUAGCAAUAUAAGCAGAGGUGGUAACAGGAGCAGCGGGAAAGUGGCUAGUUAGCCAGAUGCAUUUGAACCAGAACCUGUUUACUCACCAGCAUUCGAGUCAACUGUUGACCCAGCAUCCUUGUCAUCACUUAAAGAGCCAAAGCCCGUGGACUCUUUUUUCCUGUUCUAGGGACAUUUUUUCAUUUUAGAUGUUAUUAUUGGUUUGUAUCCUUUAAAGCCAGGGAGGCAUACAACAUUGAACUGGACACACAAAUUCAGCUACUUAUAUUACCAGAAGAGAAAUAUACAAGUUAAGCUUAGGUA